ACACACACAUACACACACACACACACACACAGUAGUGCACACUGACAGCCUGGUUAGCUGCUGUCACCAUCACGCCUCGCCACAUCUAGCUUCACGUUUAGCUAACCAAACCGUGUGAAUGCGAUGAAACGAGAAUUUAUUGAUCAUGGCUAAUCUGCGGAUCUCAUUCACCGUCGUGGUGGUCCAGGCUGUCCUGUACAGAACCUGUGAGGGUGAGUAAACUCAGUGUUUGUUUUGUUCAGGAGCCCCAGAGCCGCUGCUGCCAUCACCACCAAGGCGAAAUGAAUGUACGGUUAGCUGCGAGCUAACGUUAGCUAAGUUAGCUUUAGCCUCGGCGAAGCGUUAGCCUAGAUAUUACAUUGAGCCGAGAAAACCAGGUCAGCUUUCAUUACUAUGAAAACGUUGAAAUUAUUAUUAAAUAAAAUACAAGAAAGCACGACAUCUCACUGUAGUCCCCUUUGCUGUGGUGCGUGAAACUGUUAAACUCUUCAAAGGUUAGUCCAGGUAGCAUAUUUUACUGUGAUUUUGUUGUAAACACAGUGGUUUCUGUUGGACUCCUGCUCUGCUUUUGGGGACGCAGCAAUGGUUUUCCCAGCUGUGAAAUCUAACUGUUACAUUUCCCAAACUGAACUCUCACUGAAGGUGUAACAGAGCCCGGUUAUGAAGCUAGUUAGAUCAGGAUGUAGCGCGGACAUAAUCGUGUGUGUGAGGAUUUUAGAGGGCUCAUGUGUCGAUGUAAUGAGGAUGAAUGUCCUCAGAUUACUCUAAAACAGCCCUUAGUAAUGGGGGAGCCACACAAUCUCGGUCCAGUUGUGGAGAUGAAACUGUUGAUACAGUAAUGCUGUGAAAAUGUUCACUCCAAUAACAAUCUUGUGCUAGCUACACUAUGAGUACGUGUAUCUAAUUGUAGAUUAUGUCACCGAUUAUCAGGUUUUGGAGCCUGAUGAGUGAGUGAAUGAGUGAGUCUGGUGUGUUCACCCAGUAUCCUCAGGAGUUGUGUUAUUUUGUAAGCACUUUUUAGUUUUCUGAUAACAGGUGUGUGUUUCCGACAAUAGAUAAACAUAUAUAUAUAUAUGUAUGGCUGGGCGAUAAAACAAUAAUUAUAUAUAUAUCAAAAAUUAAUUUCCCUCAAUAGCAGUAUGAAACAUGUUUAAUAUGCUUUUCGAUAUGCCAUGUGUUGGUAGAUGAUACGAAAAGCCAAUGAAAAGGGAGGUUGCUCUGGGUCCACUUCGCACCGAACCAAUCAUGUGCUGGAUGAGAGCCAAGUAGCAAACAACUGCAUAAUAGCAGGCUGCAACUACAUGCAACUAUAGCAUUUUAACACGUGAAGCCGACAGCACUGUCGGUGAGGAAAAAAGAAAAUGAGUGCUACCCCCGACAGAAAUGUAGAUUAAGGCUCAACAGAUGAUGACAUCGUCGACAACACUGGCACGAAAACAUCGGUGGUGUGGAGGUAUUUUGGUUUUUGAGGUUGGACAUGAUGCGGAGUAAUGUGCACUGAAAAUUAUGUUGAGUACAUGUUCUCUUAAAGUCAGGGAGUAACUCACACCACCUGAAGCAGUGCCACGCAGCAGAGCAUGCACAACGCAAAAGGUUACAAACCCCGAGCAGAGCAAGGAGCCUGGUGCCUGUGCAGCUGAAACAGCCGACCGUUCAGUCCGCUUUCUCUAGAGCAACGCUUUACGACAAAACGUCGGAGAGACACAAAGACCUCACAGAUGCAGUAGCUUGUUGUAUUGCAAAAGACAUGCUACCAAUAAGCACUAAUAAUUUCAUUUUUUAUAUUGUGAUAUAUAUCGAUAUCGACAGAUAUGAAGAAAAUAUAUAGUGAUAAACUUUUCCCAUAUCGUCUAGCCCUACAUAUAUAGAUGUAUAUAUAAUACCGAUUAACAGGGCAGGCCUUUUACCUUUGCAACAAAACAUUUGGUUUUCAUUUGGUAAUUUUUUUUAAAAUGCCAUUCUGGAUAAAGAUUUAGAAGAAUCAUUCUUUUAAUGCAAUGAAGAAGGACAUUCUUAAAACUGUGAACCAGUAUACCUUAAGUCUUUGCCUGUAAUGAUUAAAAGGAUCUCUUUUAUGAGUAGUUUCUCUUUUCUCCCACUAUUGCACACUCUGAAAAAGUACUGUCUUACUUAUUAAUGUUGCACGUCUUUCAUCCCCAUACACUGACUGCACAAUAUCACACACACACACACAUACAGAGAAACAUUACUGAUUUCCAUUUUGUUUCCUGUGCUAUGUAACAUAAAGUCGAUGGUUGGGAUGCAAGAUUGAAUAAAAGACGAACUCUCUGUCCUGUUGUGUUCUGGUUUAAAGCAGAAAAAAUGCAGAAAAAAGGAAUUAGUGCUAAAGCAGCACGAUUCCUUUAAUGAUGCCAGUAAUAAACAUCAAAACAACAAAUUCUUUUGUCAUGUGAUUUUCUUAAACCACUGACACUACUUUGAAUAGGAGAAAGUCCCUUUUUAGCACCCACUAUAAUAGCAGAGGUCUGCCUUUCGACUGUUUGUGGUUUGAGGAUUUCUUAGACAUAAACCAGGACUCCUCAAGAGUUUUUAGACAGUCAUCUCAUUACGGAUUUGAGUUGUGCAACAGAAAUAGCCAUGGAAAAUCUGAAAUGUCUCUUUUCAAGUUUAGUCAGCAUGUGUCUUCCUUAUUUUCUUCUCAUAUCUGACCUCCAGCAUCUGCCAAGAAGGUGUUGCCAUUGUAUGAGUCAGUACCACAAAAUGUGUUGUAAUGCAUUCACCAUGAAUUUCCUGUUUGACACAGAUAACAGAGAAGUUCAUCUGCAUGUAAGUCAUUUUUUCGUGAACAAACAUGUUCAUUAAUCAGACUCCAGAAAGGGCAUUUUCAACAGAAACUCCACUGAGGGCUUUGUCGUGGUGUCUGACAGGAGUGUCCCUUAAACCAUUUCUCAAUUUCACAAAAGAAGUGUUAAUCUCUGAAAUCACAGUUAAGGCUGCUCAUUUAAUCUCUACUCCCACAUACAGUACUUUCACAUAAUCUCUCCCUCACGUAUCCUUCCUAGGCCCGGCCACUUGAACACACCCCACCUCUUACACCUCCUCUUUUUCCUGAUCACGAUAAUACCAUCUUCUGAUUUUCUGUCCUUCUCUCACAUAUAAAACAUCACUGAUCUGAAAAAAAUAAUCUUGUGCUGUAAUAUUAUUGCAAAAGUUUAACUUUAUUGCCUUUUUAGGAACCUGCUUCACACAGGAAUUUCACACGCUGUUUAAAAGUUUUCUAUCAACAUUAGCAAGCAGAAAGUGAAAGACUGAAGACUAAACAUUAUUAUUUCUUUUUAUAUAUGGAAAUAAUACGCCAUUUCUCUGUAGCUUAUGGCUCUAAGCUCACUUUAAAGGUCCUCAACAGCACAUGGUGUGUACAGAUGAGAAGAGAAUAAAGUUCUUCCCAAAUACGGGGGUGACUGUUUGUUAUUUUAAACACUAAAUUCCUGAUAUUUCACACUGUUUUGCUCCAUCCCUGCAGCUCUUUGGUGUAACUGCACCACUGCCCAGUGUGAGAAGACUGGCUCUCGAUGUGAGACAGAUGGAGCCUGUAUGGCCUCCACGUCCUUCAUCGACGGCCAAGAGCAGCACAUCCGCAUCUGCAUCACACGGGAUAAACUAGUGCCCCCUGGACAACCGUUUUAUUGCCUGGGUGCAGAAGGUCUUCUCAACAUCCACUGCUGCUACACAGACUACUGCAACAGCAUUGACCUGCAAGUACCCACAGGUGGGAAAUAUAGCACAAAAGAUACACUUUUACUAUAUCUAAUCUUUGUGAAACUGUUUCUUUAUUCCCAAUGGUUUCUAGAUUUGACAGCAUGGAAAGGAGUUUCUAUGAUAUAUUUAAAAGAAAAUACAUAAUGAAUAACAAACCUGUGUUUACUUGAUGUAAUGCUGCGUCCGAGUUACCUCGGAAGUGAGAUGUCUGAGCUGGGAAUGACGUCACACCCGAGUUACCAGUACCAAGUCGGAAAAAAGCAAAAUCGGAGGCAGAAACAAGAUGGCUACAUCUACAAAAGUUAUUUUAGCACUUGCCUUGUCCUUGUUACAUUCGGACAAGGCAAGCGCUAAAAUAACUUAAGUAGAUGUAGCCAUCUUGUUUCUGCCUCCGAUUUUGCUUUUUUCCAACUUGGUAACUGAAACGUUGGGAACUCGAGUGUGAUGCCAUUUUCAGCUCUGACUUCUGACUUCCGAGGUAACUUGAACGCAGCAUAAGAUACCCCCUAAAUCCAUGGCAACCAGAUUGAAAAAGGAAAAGGACAGGAAAUAGUUAUGUUUACAGGACAAGAGGUACCAUGAGACUUUGUUAAAUAAGUUAACUUUCCCAAUGCUUCUUGAGUGAUGAUUAAAAAGAUGCUGACUGAAAAGCUGUGAGUACAUUUUUCAAAAGAGAUGUCCCUCUGUAUUUCAUUGUGGAGUGAUUUGUACAAUUACUACCUCAGAGCGGUUGUUUCUGAAGCAUCUCAGCGCUGUGAAAUGUUUCUUCCACACUUUGAUGAGUCAUAGUUCCUGAGAAGUUUCCUGUGGUGUUUUGUACCAUGUCCUCGAAUGUUUUAAGAGAGAGGAAUGUCAGCUUGGAAACAGUUUUGACAGGAAGCUGUGGUCAGUGUCUACCAUCACCACCACAAACAGAAACAUUUAAAGUCAGCUUUUAACUAAAAGACUCGGCAAAAGCCUGAGCUAUAGAUGACAGUGUAAUGCAAAGUUCAGACAGACUUCUAAACUGUGAACUACGCAGCAUGAGUAAAUGGAUGUAAAUGACUACAGUUUUUUUUUAUUCCACAGUGAAAGUGUUUUAUUUUCUAUGAAUUUAAUGGUACAAAAGAAUUUUCAUGUGUGAAUUGUCUAAUUAACUCAAAAAGAAGGAAUCUGUCUAAAUCAAAGAUGGAAGUGUUGUCUGGGUGAGCACCAGAAGGGCACUGAUGAUUGGUUUAUUAAUCCCGUGACAGGAUUACACAGCUCAAGACAAGAGAGGGUUGUUUCUCAUCUAUGGCAUGACCUCUUGUUUUAUUGGAAAUCUUUUUUUUUUUUCUGCUUUGUCUUCAAAGUUCGGUUCAGACUAAGGCAAAUAGAUGAUCCACAGUGAUUGGUUAAAGAGCAAAAAUCAGCUGGAUGGGUAGUUUCAUCUGACAUGAGGCAAAAAAGCUUCUGAAGAAACUCAAAAAGCAACAACAGCAUCACACAAAAAAAGCACUGCUGACAGAGAUAAGUAUGGUGGCCGAGAACUGCCAAUGCUGCAAAUAAAAAAGAAUGCAAAAAAAGAAGCCACUAUGGAAGUUAAAGAUGCAAAAAAAAGAAGAAACCAAAGCCCGAAGCGCAAUGAAAAAAGAAACGGUGCAGAAAAAAAAAAAAGCCACAACAGACGCAAAAAUAGUUACCUACUGCGAUAAUAGAAGGGUUAGGUGAUUUACGAUCUAGGCACAGAAGACGACUGAGAAGAAGACGAGCAAACUUUUUUUUUUCCAUCGCCACUUUUUUUUUCACAUUGUUAGCCAAUUUUUUUUUCUUUCAUCCGCACCGUUUGUUUUUUAUUUGCGUCUGUAUCUUCUAUUGUGACUCUUUUUUUUUUUUUGCUUUUUUUUUUUUUCGCAGCAGUGGCAGUUCUCGGCCACUAAAGAUAAGCACUAAAAGUAGAGAAUAAACUGACCUUCUGUAAUUUCAACGCUUAUCUUGUACUUUUUUUUCAUAAAAGAUCUUCCAGGUGCAGAAAACCAAACAAUGCAGACUUGUUAACAUAACAGAGUUGUCAAGGUCAGUUUUGAGGUUCAGCAUUUGAAUUUUUUCACAUUUUCCUUUCAGUCACAACUCAGUCAGGACUUGGAGGAGGCUACGGUCCAGGUGGGACAUGGGGCCUUGUGGAACUCGUGGCUGUGAUUGCAGGGCCGCUCUUCCUGCUGUGUUUGCUGCUGCUGGUUGCAGUGUUCUUGUACCAGUACCAUCAGAGGGCAUACAGCCACAGGCAGAGGCUGGAGGUGGAGGACCCCUCUUGUGACCAUCUCUACCUGGCCAAAGACAGGACCCUGCAGGACCUUAUAUAUGAUCUGUCCACAUCUGGUUCAGGCUCAGGUCAGUGCACACAGGCAAGCACUCAGGUUUCUGUUUGCUCUUCUUUUGGCUGCCGCUGAUUGUGUUUUGUUCUCGGUUCUUCCGUGCAGGUCUCCCUCUGUUUGUGCAGCGGACAGUGGCCAGAACAAUAGUCCUCCAGGAGAUCAUCGGUAAAGGGCGUUUUGGGGAGGUGUGGCGAGGGAGAUGGAGGGGAGGUGAUGUGGCGGUUAAGAUUUUUUCAUCCCGGGAGGAGCGCUCCUGGUUCCGUGAGGCUGAAAUCUAUCAGACCAUCAUGCUCCGGCAUGAAAACAUCCUGGGUUUCAUCGCUGCUGACAACAAAGGUGCAAACCUGCGAUAUCACAGCAUGUUUUCUUCAAAAUCAGAAAUACUUUAAUAAUCCCCUGGGGGAAAUUGCUUUUGUUACAGUACUCCAGUGCAAAUACAGUAAAAGAGGUGAUAAAUAAUAGAUAAAAUAAAAGAUAGAAUAGAUGAAAUAAGUAAAAGUAUAGAGAUAAAUAAGUACAAUAAGUAAAAUUAUAGAGUUAAAAUACAAGUAUUUAUACUAUCUCAAAGAACCAAUAAUUUUACCACCAAAGGGAAAUACCUUUUAGUCUCAUGGGUUGUGCAGUAGUUUACCAUUGAUGACUAAAUCUGAAUUUUGUUGUUGUCUCAUUGUUUCUGUCUCUCGCCAGACAACGGCACAUGGACCCAGCUGUGGUUGGUGUCAGACUACCAUGAGUACGGCUCCCUGUUUGACUACUUGAACCGCUACUCUGUCACUACUGAGGGAAUGAUCAAACUGGCGCUGUCAGCUGCCAGCGGACUUGCACAUCUGCACAUGGAGAUUCUUGGAACACAAGGUACUGUUUCUAAAAAAAGCACUUUGGGAUGUUAAUAGAUAUAUUAGUGUGAGUGUGUGUAGGAUUGAUUUCUUAACCAAAUUAAUAGAUUUAUUAAUGCUCAUUAAAGUUCAUGUUAAUUAUUUUGUUUGGAGGUGCAAGGCUACCUCAGGAAUUGUGGGAAAUGGUUGUUUUAGCUGCAAAAAAAAAAGGUUUCUACAGCUUGUUUUUUUGUCCAAUACAAAAUCCAGGGACUCAUCUUUAUUUAUUAAAAUGAAAUAAAAGUGGAAACCCUUACUCCAAACAGCAGAUUUGAUCAUUUUGUUAUUUUGGAUCCCCAAAGAGAAAGUUAUUUUCUCCAUUGUAGAAAAUUGGAUGUAUCUGAAUUUUUAUAUAAGCUGAAACACUUUCAUACUUGUCUCAUCUGAUCUAUCAGCUCCUCUUACUGCUUAAAUUAACAUUGUAUUAUGAAAUUCAAAAGUUACAAAGACAAAAUGGUCCAAAAAGAACUGUUCAAAUUGAGAAAUUUAUUGUAGUGGGAGUCAACACAAUCCCCAUGUAUCCUCCUUCGCCCACAGACUGGAACAAAGCCUCUCAUUAUUAAAACUGUUGUUUCCACAUUUUGCUUGGAGCAAAAAAAGCAAAAAUAUAUGACAUGACUGUGUGCCACAAAAUUACAUAUUAUUGACCAAAAAGCUUCAUUUUGUCUUGGAAAAAAAAGCACUGUUACAUUUUUACUGACCCCACACUCUGUAUACUUGAUAAAGAAGUCCAAAAAGAGUGGGUUUUUUUUUUAACUUUAAUAAAUUUCCUUGACUGGAAAAAGAAAGUAGAACAGUGGCAAAAAUGUUGUAAACUAAAGGCUGGUGAAAACAGUUAAGUGAACAACGGGUGAUUUGUAUUUAAUUUUGUCAUGCAAGUGCUGAAUGUUCUCUAAGUUUAUGCUUUUCACUUUUGGUAUUGCUUAGAUUUAGAUUAAGUAAAUUAUUUCAGCUCUCACUUCUAAAACAUCUGUUCUCAUUUCAUAAAUCGUCAUAAAGGUCGUUAAAGCACAUGGCAGCUUGGUGGAGAGUAUCUUCUAUCCUUAUCAACAAAACUGCCUCAAAAAAGGAAACCUGCACAACUCGUUGAAAUUUCCCAAAAUAGACAAAACAAGUUAAUUGUUGAUUUGUCAACAAGAAUUCAAGAGUCUGUCCUGCUGUUUUUGUCUUGCUAGGAAAGCCAGGCAUUGCUCACAGAGACUUGAAGUCGAAGAACAUCCUUGUGAAGAAAAACUGCACCUGUGCCAUUGCUGACCUGGGAUUGGCUGUCCGCCAUGACUCUGCCUCAGACACUAUCGACAUUGCACCCAAUCAAAGGGUGGGCACCAAGAGGUCUGUAUCAACAAACGCUGUUUCUUUUUCACAGACAUCUUAGAUACUUUUCUAGAAUACCCUCUUAAAUGCUAACGUUUACAAACUGGAAUUGUUUCCACGUCUCACAGGUACAUGGCUCCAGAGGUUCUGGAUGAGACCAUCAACAUGAGACACUUUGACUCCUUUAAAUGUGCUGAUAUCUACGCUCUGGGGCUGGUCUACUGGGAGAUCGCUCGCCGCUGUAACAGUGGAGGUCAGACUCUUUUGUUUUCACUCUGGAUAUUCAAUCUGUGUUGUUUGUUUUCUUGUUCAGUAUUUACGGCUGAAACUCCAACAGUUCUGAUCUGACCUCUGCAUGGGUUCAUGCUAUCAGGUAUCCAUGAAGAGUACCAGUUGCCCUACUAUGACCUGGUGCCCUCUGACCCCUCCAUAGAGGAGAUGAGGAAGGUGGUAUGUGACCAAAAGCUACGACCCAACAUCCCAAACUGGUGGCAGAGCUACGAGGUAUGAGAAUAAAUCAUCUUUAAAAGUAGAUUGAGAUACCUACUAGUUUGUGUCAAUUUCCGCGCCCACUUUGGACAAAGUAGUCUUUGCCCAUCUUGACAUUUACAUAUUUAGGUAAUGUCAUUUGACUUAAGUCUCCUCCUACUGACUUUUGACGGUCAAAUGUAUCUUUACAGGGCUCGACAGUGUGACCAUUUCACUCGCAUUUGCGACUAAAAAUAGAUGUGUGCAAAUUGUAAAAUGUAUUUAGGGUCACAUGUGUGCAUAAAAAAAAAUUAGCCAAGGCAACAACUAUUUUUCAUGUAAAUACGGCGGUGAAAUUAGUUUUAGGUUGGAUAUUCGACGGACGUUCACUGCUUAUCUACCGGCAUCUUCUCACUCUCCAUAACUGGGAAUAGCAACAGCAGCGCGGUUGAAUCUACUCGGCACCCUCACUGUUAAUGUCGGGUGUUGAAUAAGGGACCAUCAAAAAAUGACCUGUUAAUGUUCUCAUAAAAGGCUGUUUUCCUUCAGCUUUCAUGUCACGUGACCAAAAGACCUAAAAUUGAUUCAAAUAAUAGUACAUAUGUUGACCAAUAAGACAAACAUUACUUGAUCAAUUUUCAUUGUGCCCCUAAAGUUCUUUGUGUGCUCCUUACUUUUUCAACUUAGGAGCACAUGUGCUCCUUGUGAAAAAAGUUAGUGUCAAGCCCUGAUUUAUUAUGAAGAUCUUAUGCAGACAAUGUCAAAACAGGACUGUCUCUUCAACUGCUUGACUGACUCCAACCCCCCUGCUUUAAAAUAACAAAAUAAAAAUCAUCGUUCUUAUCACUAGUGGUCAUGCCGAUCAAUCGGCACCGAUUUAUCAGUGCAUGUUUAGUAUUUUUGACUGAUACGUUACUGGAGUUCAGAGACGCCAAAGCUUGAGGUCAUUCAGAGACCGUCCGUCAGAUAGUUUGAGCUCUUGUAAAAUAACUCUGACAAGUCCAGAACCAAUUUUUUCAACCAUUUUUUUUUAAAAUUGAAAACUAGAGUCACUGAAAAUAAAAGAAUAUUCAUAAGAUUUUCUUUGCACUUAAAAAAUAGACAUUGUACCUAUUAAAUGCUGAAAUAGUGAAAUAGUUAACCAAAUUUACAAAAUGUUAGAUCAUCUGACGGUUCAUGUUUCUUGCCAAGUCUGUCUUGGCAAAUCCCGAAGAGAAUAAAAUGCUAUUGAACAGAUGGCCAAAGCGACAAGAUUAAAACCACAGAUGCAGUAACCCAGACUGUUGUUUAAUUAUUUUGAAACUUUAAUACUUUUAAUUACGGAGAAAUUAUUGUACAGGCACUGGGUUCUAUAAAAGAAAAGGCCUUGGGAUACUUAACCUAACCUCGACUUAAUCCUCAUCUGCUUGUCUCCCUGCUGUUCCAGGCUUUACGGAUUAUGGGAAAAAUCAUGAGAGAGUGUUGGUAUGCUAAUGGAGCUGCCCGCUUGACAGCCCUGCGCAUCAAAAAGACGCUGUCCCAGCUCAGCGUGCAGGAGGACAUUAAAGUGUGAGCUGAGUCAGCAGAGCACUGAGAAAGAGCACUGAUCAAGACCCGACUCCAGACUGUAGGACAGUGAGUGAGAGGGGAGUGGGGCUUUCUACAAAGAACGCACAAAGGCAGAGAAGAUGGUGGAGAGGCACUCUUUGUAAAAUAUUAUUUCAUAGACAAUCCUGCCAGUUUUGAAGCCACUUGAUUUCUGACAAACCCUACCUCGCUUACCCAGCCAAACUACCAAGAACACCUUUCCUGUCUUGUCCCAGCUACUGCUGCCCUUCCUACACCUUUUCGUCCCCCUCUACACUCCGUACAAACAAAAACAUUUGGAUUUUUUGUGUACUUGUAUGCAAUAGAUAGCAGGAUACGUAACUAACCAACGUUUUGAAAAUCAGUCGCUUUUAUUUUUGUCCCAGUCCGACUGAUCACUGUUGCUAAGUAGAGGAAAACUGGAUUUUACUCUUUUUGUAUUUGGAAGAUAAGCAGGAAGACUUUUGGGGGUAUUUAAGACUUAUGUUUUCUCAUCCUGCUAUUUACAUUGGUAGAUAUUGUUGAAGUUUGGGCAUUUUUAGGGUGCAGGGUUUUAGUGCCACCUGCAGCACACAGGCAUGUCACAAUUUGCUUUAUUGAGAAUAGUCCAUCUGCUGUGACUGUAGUGACUUGAGUUGUCAACUCAUAACCAUGUAAGCAUGUACAAAGCAUUUGAAGUAGUUUGUUAAAACAGCAUUCUGACUUCAGAGACACUGAAUUAUUUAACAUGAUUUAGCCUUUGGACAAACUGCCUGGAGCCUGUUCAAUGAGCUGUUGUAAACCUCAGGUUUUCCUUCUGCUUACCAAUCAACUUUUGUUUUCCUUUUUCUGUAAAAAGUUGUCAACUGCAAAUAUAAAAAAGCGUUAUGAAGUAGGCAUUUCACAAAUACAGAGGGUUAAAUGUUUGGCCUAGUGGUUAAGUAGUAUGCCCCAUGUACAGAGGCCAUAGUUCUCCUGUAGACCCUUUCCUGCAAGUCAUUCCCCCUUAAAGAAAAAAAAAACUAAAUAGGAUAGGAAAUAACAGCUACUUGAUACUGAAUAUUUCAUCUUUCGCUGACAGUUGGCUUCACAUUGGGUUUUAAGUAACACCAGGCAACAUUUAUAUUAAAUAUAACACUCCCAUCCCAGCCGCUGUCUUGAAUAUGCCCACAGUCCACAACCUGCCAUGGAAGCAAAUGUCGCUCCAGUCCUGCAGACAAACUAGAAUACAAAAAUGUGUCUUUUUAACAGCCAGUACGGUUAGAUUUGAGCAAAAAUACUUCAUUUUUAAACUUUUGUAACAACACUAACUCCAGAAAUCUGAUUGAUGGUUUCUUCUUGUGUUGAUAUCUUUUCUAGUUGUCAAAGCAAUCUUUGAACACUUCUUUUCUCCUCAGGGCCUGUUUCCACUGGCCAAGUAUAACUACUGCACAUAAUCUAGCUUUUUAAGCUAAUUCUUGUGUACAUAUGACAGUACAUUUUUGUUUCAUGUUGAUAACUAGUCCAUGUUUUAGAUAGCUAAAUCUUUUAUACUAGAACUUUGGUUGUAGAUAAGGAAAUCUAAGACUCGUGUCUUGCUAUUUGUAAACAGAACUAUGUACCAAUGUACUCUCUGACCUCCGAAGUACGAUAACUGUAUGUGUCAGAUACACGGCUCAUGUUGACUUUGUCUUACAGCCUUUUGAUUACUGCAGAGCAGUUAUCUGACUCUACCACACAUCUCCCCCUCCCAGCUCGUUUUCCCCCUCCUUACACUACCUCCCUGAUGUUGAAAUCAUAUGUAUACUGUUUCCUUCAUGCUGUCAUUGUCAAAAAUCACUGUCUACGUUUAUCAGGAAAAAGGUGCACUUUUGUCUUUAUCUGUAUGCAAAUCCAAUAGGUACUUUUUGUGUCUAGUCUUUACCAUGCUAUUUAUAAUUGUAUGCUGUGAGUAACCAUGGAAGCCUGAAAGGCCACAAUGUGCACUACUACUGACCUCGCAGCACAAAAACCAAAUUGUUUUCAGAAUCUGGUCUUUACGGCCUAUUCAAGAUCCCACCACUAAAAAUGAGAAUGUCGAGCAGAUCAUGCUUCUCAGUUACUGUAUGCUUAAAUCUCUAAAAUGAUUCUCUUUUCUUGGGAGAGGAAACGCUGAAUUUCAAUACUACUGAAAUUUCUCAAUGUUGUCCCAAAAAUGUGUUUGAUCAAUACUUGUUUUUUCAAAUCACUUGUUACCUGCACUAUAUUGUUUUACGUCUUGUAUUUGAGAAUGGACAGUCUGCACAUGAUGCUGUUGUUUUUGUUUGGAAAGACUGGGGAGCUGUACUGCUUGAUAGAAACUUUGUGUCAACAAUAUACUUAUAAUAAAGAGGUAUGUUUGUUGAAUUUUGCCUGCUGUAUGAUACACACAAAAUACAUAGUGUAGAAAAUGAUUUUUUAUACCUUGUACCAAGUAUCCAUAUGAAAGAGUAGAAAUCAAAGAAAUGAGGUCAUAAUAGGGGUUGUGACCACCUCAAAGUCUCGGUCCACUUCUAGCAAAGACACAACUGCAUCCAUGUAGAAACCCCUGCAGGACUUCAACCAUGUAACAUCUGAAGAAGAGGAAUAAUAAAUGCAGUUGUUUUCCA